CUGCACUACACUGUCGGUCAACUUUGGGUUUCGAAGGUUAGAGUAGAUGCAGUACUCCCCUGCUGCUCCGCUUAUGCGACAGUGUUCAACGUGCCCGCCGCUUCCCUGGGCCCGACUGCUGCUGUUGCUGGCCAUGAUGCUGGGUCGACUGGUUUGUAUUGGCCGUGUUCUGGCGCCGAAUUUCCGGUACCAGAAAAAUGUGGCGAGAAUUGCGCGCAUGAACUGUCCGAAUUUCUAUUUUGCUGCCUGCAGUUAACCUGUAAAAUAAAAGCUCGCCAAACAACUUAUUGCAGCGACCUAACUGCCGUGAGCAGACGAUAUUUUGCUGCGUGCCCGCUAUAUGAAAGAGAGGAGGUGAGGUUAGGAAUAGUACGCGCCCGUCAUUUCUCCCGCUUAACUGCUCAACCUGCGUAGAUGAAUCGCACUGCCAACGGACGCCGCUGCAUAAGCUACAGCACCUACUGGGUUACUACUGCUGAACACUCUUUUCUUUCUUGCUACCACUGCGACCACCCGUUGGUUGUUAUUGUUUUUCCUGCGACUUCCUCCCCUGCGGCCACCAACAAGUUGUGAGGGCAUCGUCGUGCUGUGGUUGUGUGGGUGUUUGUGCGCCCGAAACGACUGCCGUCGCUCGCAGCACUUCUCCUGCGAACAGAUGUGGUUUCGUCGUGCUGUGUGCUAUUCCAUUACGACGAUUUUCUUUCGCCAGCAAUAGAAGCGUCAAGUUCGACUAGCAGCCUCUCAACAAUUUGUUGAGUGAGAUUCCGACCAUGGUAGUAGUGGGGUGUCUGCUGUGCGGCCCGCCCCAAUCAAACCGAUGUUGUUAGAUGAUAGUCGUCGCCUAGUUGGUGCCUAUGGCCUCUGUUACAGUGAUGACGCUGCAGCUUCGGGUCGUGUUCGCACUGUGUAGCUGGUGUAUAAGCGACUUAGUUAUCCGUACGAUUGAGGUUUGCUCAAGCUCUUGCCAUAACAACUAACUGUUUCUUCUAUAAUUAGAACUCGUACGGGCUUCGCGGCUGCUGUUGUGAAUGCGUCGAACUACAGUAAGUUCCUGCAGAAGCUCAUAGUUCGAAAUAGCCAGGACACUGUUAUUGUUCUUAUUGUUAGCGGUGGCGUUCUUCCUGCUGGCCUUUUGUCCUGCAACUGAUGAAAGUGGACACGGAAAUGUUGCCUAUUGUUAAUAUCAUAUCAAUAUAAAUUCCGGCUAGCGCAGGCAAGUAGAAAGAUAAAUGAGCACAUCAGUAAAAUCAGCAGUAAAGUCAUAAUUUAAGAUCAUUUAAGCUGGGGAUUUUGCCUUUUGUUGAUAAUGCUGUAGCUACAUCUUCUGUUCGGCCCAAUAUUACGAAUUACCAUAGGUGCUCAUAGCUAACGCUGGCAGUCAUCACGAGCUUUCGUCUAGAGGUCACAAAUGCAGAAACAAAGAGAAGAAUGAAAUAAGCCCACAGCCAGAAAAACAUGAAAGGGAAUUUACUAGCUAACAACAUACUGAAUAGCACAGAACGUCUACCGGGAGGAACCCCGGAAGAUUUUAAUAAUGGACGUUGUGCUCGGCUGGACGAGGAACAAUCAACCAGCCGACAAGUUCAGUGAUUAGGACGAGAAGCAAAAAAGUCAGCAGAUCAAGUGAAGAAGUGUUUAUUGUUUGAAGUAUUUUUGCUUAGUCUCACCUGGUUUCUACUCGAAUCAUACAAAGCCGGGUGCCAAUCAGCAGUUAACGUGACUCUUUACCGAACUGGCUGUGAGUACGUUCGCCAAAUGUUACACAAGUCACGGCGAAACGCGUGGGAACCAGUAAAGGACUGUUCUGUUAUCCGGGUGAGACGUAGAAAUCGAUGAAAACACAGCAAAAGUGCUUAAUCUGCGCUGCCGUCAAGAAGAUAUUAUUAUAGAUAAGGCUCUAUGCUUAAGGUAAAAGCUUAUCGUAUUAAUUGUUUUGGAUGGUCAGCUUCUGAUGGUUGAUUAUAAUAGGAUUGACUUUUGCUAACUGUGUAAGGUGUAUAAACGUACGCAGAGCAAGGAAAUUCGUGUGUAUUUGCUUUUCUCAUUACUACAGUUCCAUCAUUGGAUCAUCACAGAGUUCGUUCCUCGUGCAUACAUAUGAAACUCUUGCUCUAGAUGGUUGUUAGGGAAAGUUGGUUCUAGCUGACCACUUAAGGGAGACUGGGAUGGCCUCAAAAGUUGGCCGUCUCAUAAAAGCAGUAACAGUUAUCGAUUUCGACCUUGGUAUCUUCGGUUUUGUUAUCGACGCUGCCGAUAAUAACUUUGUGUCUGUUAUCUGGUGUGGCACCUUCAACGUCGUAACAAAAGAGAAUAACAGCUGAUGACGACCUGCGUGAGCCUAUUAGUAACCGGACUGUAUGACCGACGUCGUCGGUAUCAUCAUCAUCGUCGAUGCUUCUGACGAUGGACCUCAUCCUCCCAGAAUAAUUCGACUAGUACACGCGUUGUUAACGGAAGGUUACGGCGUGGUGCCUACGUUUUCCCCCCUGUGAGACAGUGUUACAGGCAUGAUGUUGGAGGUUGGACUUCGUGUUGUUCGCGGGCCAGACUGGAAAUGGGGCCAACAGGACGACGGGGAAGGACAUCUUGGUACCGUUGUCGAAAUUGGAAAGGCUGGAAAUCCCCACUCGCCUGAAAAAACUGUAGUGGUUCAGUGGGAUUCGGGCGGUCGCACCAACUAUCGCGCCGGCUAUGAGAAAUCCUUCGACUUAAGGGUUUUUGACAACGCACCCGUUGGUGUGAAACAUCCCAACAUCGUGUGUAACGCCUGUGGCUGCCAGGGCAUUGCGGGAAUGCGAUGGAAAUGCUCGCAUCGCAGCUGUUACGACUUCGACCUUUGCUCGCACUGUUACCAUGACGAUCAACACGAUUUAACACACCCUUUCACGAGAUUCGAGACCCCCAAUUCCGAUGGAGUAGCUGUGGGGCCACGAGCUCCCUUACCAGGUCCAACUGGCUCACCUACGCACCACCCUCUACGAAUACCUGCGUCCGGUAUUUUCAAAGGCGCCAAAGUUGUACGCGGUCAUGAUUGGGACUGGGGUAACCAGGACGGUGGAGAAGGCAAACUUGGUGAUGUGGCCAACGUUCUAGGGUGGGAACAAGAAUCAGGACGAAGUGUGGCGAACGUGACUUGGGCUUGCGGAUCGAUGAACGUGUACAGAGUGGGCCAUAAAGGGAAGGUAGAUCUUCAGUACGUGACCGCAGCACCCGGUGGCUUCUACUACCGGGAACAUUUACCAGUUUUAGGUGUUAUGCCGGCGGGGGCUGCCGGCGGUGGCCCCAUUGUUCCAAUCUCUCGUAGCAAUCAACCACCGCGGUUCUCGGUAGGAGAGCAUGUGAAGGUUCAGGUCGACCUCGAAACGCUAAAAGCGUUACAGAAUGGCCACGGCGGGUGGAACCCACGGAUGGCAGACUGCGUCGGGAAGGUCGGCAAGGUACACCGGGUAACAGAACGUGGUGACAUCAGAGUCCAACUAGAGGGUCAUAACACUCGUUGGACAUUUCAUCCGGAUGCGUUGACCAAAUGGCUUGUGCUGGCGGUUGGAGAUUUUGUUCGCUUAAUCGACGAUCUGCCUAGAUUCCGAGAGCUGCAAAUAGGUCACGGCGAAUACUGCGAUACGAUGGCUUCGGCCUUAGGCCGUUUGGGUAAAGUAACCAGGCUCUACGUUGAUGGAGACCUUCGCGUACUAGUAGGCGCCUAUACCUGGACGCUUAACCGGCAAUGCGUCGUAGCCGUACCUGGCUCACAGACCGAAAUAAACAAUACGAUGCGUGCACAUACUCGGGAAGGGCCUCAAAACCCGUUGAUAUCCCCGUUUCUUACGGCUAUGACCGCUACGACAGCCCUUACGACGACGUCGUGUACGACGUCGUCCAGGACCACCGCUGCGACGACAGCCACAACCCCAACAGCUACAACUGGUGGGGCUACGUCGACAAUAACGGCGACUAUACAAAGCACAGGUGGAAACGCCUCAGUGGCCUCUCAACAGGACCAUCAAUAUCUCGUCCGCAACGCAGCAUUAGGAUUGGAGGAUGCUGUUCGAGAUUAUCUGACAGCGUAUCCAGAUCGUGUCAAUCAUAAAAGUUCGUCAAAAACCGCCCUACAGGUCACUUGCCAUCAGGGCCAUCUGACCAUUGUAGAACUUUUGCUAAGGGCAAAAGCAAGUUUGGAAUCAGCUGACGAUGACGGGGAUACUGCGCUCCAUUAUGCGGCAUUUGGCAAUCAGCCUGCGGUUAUAGAACGUCUGCUGGCAGCUGGCGCGAACAUCAACGCGCAGAAUAAUACAAAAUGUACGCCCCUUCACGUGGCCGUAAACAAGCAGUUCCUGGAGUGUGUCCGAGUUCUAUUAAGCUAUACGUCCGCUUUGGGUCAACAUCACCAUGGCUCGCUUCGGGAACGCGCUCUCAAUAUCAAUAUUCAGGACGCGUAUGGAGAUACGGCGCUACAUGACGCUAUUGGCAAGGAAAACGAAGAUAUCACCGAUUUAUUGAUGAACGUCGCCGGCGUCGAUUUCAGCCUUCGGAACAGAAUGGGGUUCAAUGUUCUACAUCAUGCAUCAUUAAAGGGCAACGCUUUCGCUGUUGAGAAGCUCUUGGCACGCACACGUCAACUUGUUGACAUCAAGAAAGAUGACGGCUUUGCAGCUUUACAUUUAGCUGCGCUAAAUGGACAUGUAGCAACUGUCGAACUACUGCUUGACGUGGGCCGAUGCGACCCCGACAUACGAAAUAACCGACUACAAACGUCGUUAUUGCUGGCUGUUGCACAAGGACACGAGGCAAUUGUCGAGCGCUUGGUCGCGUGGGGGGCCUCAGUGAAUGCUCAGGAUGAAGACGGGGAUACCCCUCUACAUGUGGCGCUUAUAAAAAGGCCGGCGUUGAUGGGCGAGGCAGUCGCCGAUCCUCAAGAUGCACCGGCGAUGGCUCAUAUUCGUGCUUCUAUAGCAACAUCCGUGUGCUUACCGACUUCUGCGCAGAACGGUACAUCAGCUCACUUUCAAAAUCCACCGAAUAGCACAAGGAGUCAGACGGAUAUAGUAGGAAGAACCUCAGAAUCUCAAACGACCGUGGAGGACAAAGGCCUUGUUAUAGCGUGCUACUUAGCGAGGGAGGGUUCUGACCUGUACAAGGAGAACCACGCUCACAGAACCCCGCUUUCGCUGGCUGAUAAUUCUGAAGUGGAAGAACUGUUACGGUUCUGGUCGACAAACAGAGACACAGCGGUCCCUGGUGUCCACCCCAGUAUCCAAUUUCAGGCUACAGUCGGUCUUCACGACAGUGAAGGCGGUUCGCCCCUUGUGGAGUUGUGCGAUGGUGCCAAGGACGAUCGUGAAUGUGUGGCUACGGCCGAAAGAGCUGGAAAGGAUGUUAGCGGAAAUGGUGAAUCUGGGAAGGAUUCGACAAGCAAGGAGUGCGAGAUCUGUUUGGAGGCGGAGGCUGUCGUCCGACUAGAACCUUGUGGACAUUGCGUUACCUGCGAAGAGUGUAGCGUUCGCAUGCGAAAGUGUCUCAGCUGUCAGCAGAUCAUCGUAGCCAAAACGCAUCGAGUGUCAGGCAUGUUUCUGUCCAGUAGACAGAGGCAAAGCAGUCUGGAAAGGCUUCGUCAGCUAGAGUCGCGUAUCGCCGAAAUGGAAGAGAGUGCAUCGUGCUCGAUCUGUAUGGAACGGCGAAGAAAUGUCGCUUUCCUUUGCGGUCAUGCAGCUUGCGCUAAAUGCGCUCAACCUUUACGAACGUGUCACAUGUGUCGGAAGCCAAUUACCAAACGAAUUCAGCUCUAUUUAUAAACGGAGGUAAAUAACGGCAAACGUUAGGCCGCCGAAAAUGGAGUGUUACGUCACGAUCCUUACAUAGAACAACAGUAGCUGUCUCACGACAAUGAGCUGCGUGGUAUCACUAACGAUGGGUGAUAUCAUCAAUACGAACACACACACACGUAAACAUAAAUUAGGGUCACUUUUCAGCCAUAUCGCGCUGCUGGAGUAUUAUGUCUUAAAUACUAAGUGGCUAGUGCUUCAAGUGACACUCGCCAAGCGAACUUCCUGUUUGAGUCGCCGUUCGUCGCUUGGACUGCCCGAACAAAAAACAAAUAACAUUGUGAAUAAAUCUACAAAAAGCAGGAGACAACUCGACUCGUUUAGGACUAAUAUUCUAUAUAGAGUACUUUCAAAAGGCAGAUCCCUAGAAUGAUUUUUUUUCUUGGUUUAAAAUACGAUAAAUAUAUUGUGGAAAAUGGAGCGCGGAAGAUCAGUUGCGUUUUGAUUUUAUUACUAAUACAUAAUACACGCUUCCGUCAGAAGAUUUUCACAGCCUAUGAUCAUGACUGUUGAGGAAAUUGGACCACUGCUAACGUGAAAGACGGUGUGAUUUUUUUGCUAGGUAUUGACAUUUGUCUCGAGGCUUUAGGUCCUUCUAGGAGAUAACUAUUCCAAUAUAUUGCAUUUUCACUUAUAACUUUAAGGGGUAAGUGUUCUGCAAACGAUGUCACCUUUCGUUGAUUAGUCUUAGAUCAUCUCGGUCUGAUGCGCCUUUGGAAACAAUAAAGGUUCCAACCGAUGAGUGGGACUGUGGUCAAUCUGUCGGGCUCGUUUUAAAAGCCACGAACAACGCAGGCAAUCUGACAUCUGUCAAAUACCUCGAAACGCGAGCCUUGGUUUAGGACAGCGGAAAUCUAGUUGGUCAGACAAUAAACGGUGUUCGCUUGCCAUAACCUACAUCAAGGUGUAUUGGAUCAUUUGGCCUAACGAAAAUUCUCCGUAAAAAUAACAACUACACUUGGCAAAGUCCUAGUCGAUUUCGAUCGAGAGAAUUAUCAUCGUGAUUUAAGGAAGAAGAUCGAGACUUUCUAACCUAGGGGAAUUCUAGUCUUCUGAUCUACGGUAGCGAUUUAACUGACGUUUGACUUACGCACUCAACGUAAAGAUAAGCCAAAUAAUUUGGAUUAAAGAAUUGAAUUCUUUAUUUUAUUGCAUUGUGUGUGUGCGUUUGUGAGUGUGUGUAUGUGUGUGUGUGUGUGUGUGUGUGUAUGUGUAUGUGUGUGUGUGUGUGCGCGCGCAUGUAAAAACAAACGAGUCUAUAAACGGUUAUUAAGUAAUCGUCAAUGAGAAAUCCUUUUACACCGUUACCAAAGAUCGCUGCAAAUAUCUUCAAAAAGCAGAACAGAUGUUUUGCACUGACUGAGGUCAAGUUUUUUAAAAAUUUUUUUUAUGUACUUCGAAGCCUUCUAAAUGAUGAAUAUAGCUUUCCAACAUCUCAUUCUUCAGGCUGUUAUGAAAACGAUUGCUAGCAUUCGUUGUAUGGUGACAUGAACCACGGACUGUUUGAUUAGAGCCUCAUUACUUUUACAUUAUUUUCGGAAUAGUCUACACGGUUAACACAGGCAGUCAUUCUCUCUAACUGUGUUGGAUGAAUCAUGAACCCACAUGAUUUUAAUAACUUCCCUGCCUUCUGCUUUUACGAUCUUAGUCCCAAAUCGCCUUUGUAUGCAAUUAUGCAUUUCUCGUAUGCUUUGCCAACUGGCUGACGUCAAUGAAGCAUCGAUACGUUCAGCCUGAAAGGAUUAGAUAAGAGUGCUGCUGUAGCCAAGGGGGCGAGUGAAAUUUAUCUUCCACUAAACACAGAAAAGCCUAUCUGUCCGAUUAUCUGAAAGGGUGUCUGCGUCUGUACGCGUGUGUGUGUUCAUUACUGUAAUCAUGAAAAGGCAUGAAUAUAUGUUUACAAAGUGGAUAUUCAGAGCUUUUCACACGGCAACUAAUUUUCAAGCAAAAAAGAAUAAGUACACGAAAGAAAAAAAAACAUGAACACAUAGAAACGUUAAUACUACGUAAUGUGCACUCCUACAAGUGUAUGCUGUCCUCCUCCCCCAUUGUCUAAAGCUGAUUUGUUUCAGAGUGAGCGAGAGAGAUUAGAGAGAGGGAAGACAAACCACGAAAAAGUAGGAAUUUACUCCGAAAAUAAUGGAUUCAAAUUGCGACAAAGAACAGAAAGAAAAAUCGAUAAACCAUUGAUGAUGAUGAUGAUGAUGAUGAUGGCGAUGAUGAUUAUGAUGAU